CCCCUUCUGCUUACUCUAUUAGCACCUUUCAUGCUUUCCCCAGCGAGCUUGCUCGUCUGGGGUGACUUUCCCAGAACUAAAUGCUAAAGAGUAUGCAAGAAGGAUAAUGAACAAUGAAUAGCCCAUGCUAUUAAAACACAGGGAGAAAGCUGUCAUAAAGGGAUAAUCUGGAAGGAAGGUGGUUGUUUUGGGCCAAUUUUCUGUCAAUUUAGGGACCGCCUGUCAGUCCUUGAUACGAUGCUUCCACGUAGUAAAUACAAAGUCUAAUGGCCAGUUGAGGUACUCAGCUCAUCUUAACCUCCUUAUCAUAAAUGUCCUAGGAAUCUGUGUUCACUUAGCUUUUAAAUGACGCAAUGAACGUAUAAUUCUGUGGAAAUAUGCUAGACAAAAUAAUUGAAAAACAGCGUGUGGUUUGAGACGGUUAACAGUCAAUUUGACGGAUAUUUUAGUGAAAUACGGCAUGAUAUUUUGGCUAUUAUUACAUCGUGGCCUAGCUUCAGAUCGUAACGUAGUGCGAAAUUUACAUUCACUUAGCUGUCAAUUGGUGUAUUACUUAAGAAAUCUGUUGAGAUUCACCGGAGAAAAAAAUGUUUACAUGACACGGUUAGCCUCGUGAAGUUGAAAGAUACUUGGCUCAUGUUGCAAUUCGACAACAUGAGUGAAAAACGGCGUGGUUUUUAGGCCAUUAAACGCAUCUUGACCUUUAAAUCGUGACAAGAAUCAGAUGUCACAUGCAAUAUCACAAGUUUCUGGUUGCACAAACUCACUUUGACGAACGGACAGAAUAGAGCCGGGGACAUUAAAAUUCUGAAGUCGUAACUAUGAAGAUCAUCUGUGCAGGAUUUCUAAAAAAAGGAACUAAAUCAAUUGCCAAAGCCUUGCGGCACCUUGGAUUUACAGUGUUCGACUGGGAAGAGCAAACGUUUGACUUCCUAGAUCACUAGGUUGAUGUGUUUCAAAAUGGCGCCAAACCUGAUGGGAAGCGAGUUUACCAGAAUGCUGAUGCAUGCGUGGACACGCCUGGAAACUUCUUCUUGGAGGAAAUACUGGAAGCUUUACCUGACUGUAAAAUGAUUUUGAGCAAAUCGAGUUGAAAGUUGAAAGUUGAAUCGAAGGACCGAUGGAAGGAUCAAGUGAAUCUCCCAUCCAUACCUACAAAGCCUAAAAAUACUCAAUUCUAUAAAAAAAAUAUUGAGUCUUCAUAACACGUGUUUAGAGCUUUUCGAACCUGUAACGGGCAAUACAUCAUGCAGUAUAGAUAUAUGUUAUUUACCAGCUGGGCGGUCGGUUUAUGUAUAGUAAAAAAAAGAGUACGAGUUGCUCCCCGAUGCCGCAGGCUUAGGCAGCAUUUUCAAGUCCGAGGUCACAGUUUUUCACUAUACGGACUGACGUACCUUACGCCGGUAAAUAAUAACUUCUUUAUUAUUUUCCUCUCUCUCUCUCCCUCUCUUCUCGGACCGGACUCGAGUGAGGGGCGGAAAUCGAGCCUAUUGCUUUAUCCGCACAAAAGAUGUCAGCAAGAACUGAAAACUAACUGUCAAUGUGUGUCAUUUUCACUCUGAAGAAAGUUCUAUUCUCCGCUGACACGUCAAAUCAUUUCGGCGAUACUAGCAGUUUGUUUUUCACUUUCAAUAGGAACGCAUAUUCGAGGAAAGCCCUAAACCAAAUGAUAUCCGUACUGACAACCCUAAAAAGCAGUUCGACUUCCGCUCUCUUGAAGAGUCGUAUCUAAAAUUAUGUCUGAUUUGAUUGACCUUGUACGAAUCGGCUUUCGCUUUCUUGUGUCUGUCGUACUAAUCCUAUUCACUUGGUUUUCACUUUCUUUUCCACCUCCAAUGACGGCGAUGAUGAUAAAUGAAACUUUAUUUAAGUGUCAAGGCCUUAUAGUUCUACUACAGUUGUGGUUACACUACUGAUCACUUUUUUGUUCUCUCAACUAUUAGCCUGGGGAAGGGUCUUGAAGUGGCCGUGAUUUCAAACAUUUCUUAUAUGAACAGCAUUCAAACUAUAACAGUGACUUCAUUAAUAAAUAAGGUUUUACUGAUUUUGGUGUUAAGUUUAGAGCGGUUCUGAUAUUUUUGAAAUCCAAGAUGGCGGACUUAUCGAAUCAUCCAAAAAAUGGGGUGAUUUUUGUUGCAAAACUUUAUAUGUUGCCAAAGGAAAGAGGGGGAGGUGAUACCGCCCCAAUUACGUAUAAUUUCACCCUGGGAAUGUUAAAUUUUUUGUAGUAUUAGUUCAUUUAAACAUACCAUUAUUGUUUUGGACUAAUUUUAAAUCGAUUCAUGCUGUUUUUAGAUGUUUGAAACAAAUAGUAAAAUCCACCAUAUUGGGACUCAAGAUGGCGUAUUAAAGGACGUCAUAUCAUAGUGUAUGACGUCAUUACUACUUUAUCUUAUAGGACAAAGUUCAGGAUAGCUACUAAAAUCAAAAUUUUAUCAACGCAUCUAAUAGCAAUGAAAGUCGAAGGUUUAUGUCGUCAUAUCCCCUUUCCUGCAUCGUUUGUUUAUUUCUUUUUCACUUUUCUGAAGUCAUGAAUGUUGUCAGUAACAACACUAUAAUACUAAUUUGAGGUACACUUUCUCGAUUGACAAACUGCCAUAUUUUUGAAACUCUACGCUUAAAUAGCCUCGAGUUGUUAUGUCCAGAAUAGGAGGCAAUGUAGCUUCUUUAUUUGCUUUAAUACUCCGAAACAAAAUGGCGCAAAAUAUAUACAAAAUAUCGCAAGGCACGAUGGUCCAUGUAGUGCUUACGUCACCGGAAAUACAAUCGAAUUACAUGUCUUGACAUACACUGUUAAUAACGUUUUCGUAACAACCCUCUGCUGAUCGGUUCGUGUUUCGCUUUCUAGAAUGUAAUGCUUCAAAUGCUGCACCGAAUGUGUGAAAAUAUAUCCCUUGAUGAGGUUGACUGUUGAGAGGAACAAUGCUACCAGGCUAAAUUUACUCCCUUAAGAGACAGUACGCUUAGUCAAACAGUGGGCACUGAUAAAUCGGUAAUCAGAAAAGGACUAUCCGAGGUUCCAGCAUUCAUUGCGGCCAACGCUACAAUGAUCAUGGCUGAACAUGAAGGUGUCGCACCACUACCACCUGAGGAAACAAUGGAUUUUGAUGACGAAACUUUAAAAGCAAUAGCAGAGGUUUUCAUGAAUCAAGGUGAUGAGGAAUACAGCAAGGACGAUUUUAGAAACGCCACUGACUUCUACACAGACGGAAUUAACGUGAACUGCAAAGAUGAAGAACUAAACGCCAAACUGUACAGUAACAGGGGGACAGUACAGUUUCUUAGGGAGAAUUAUUAUGAUUCACUGAGUGAUGCCCAAUCUGCCACUGAAUUGCAACCAACUUAUCUCAAGGCCAUUGUUAUAGGGGCGAGUGCCUGUGCUCAUCUGUACCAGUUUGAAGAAGCCAUCACGUGGUGUGAUAAGGGAUUAGCAAUUGACAAGGAUAACAAGUAUUUGUUGGAGUUAAGGACAAGGUGUGUCGAGAAACAAAACAAGCUGCAGGAAACAGGCCGGGACAAAGCGGCGAGUCAGUCAGAAACACAAAGUGAAACAGGCACGGUAGAUACUUCCUCUCAACAAGCAACCGACUUGACUUCACAAAAUGUUCACAUCGCUAAACACUUUAGCCCAGGUGUUAAAGCUCUAAGCUACUACAGCCUUCGUCUUGACAUGGCGAAAGAAAUGGGAGACAAAACACGCGAAGGAGAUGCGCUUGGCAAACUUGGCGAUGCUUAUCAAGUUCUCGGUGCUGUCAAAAAAGCCAUGGACUGUCAUGAGGAACAGCUAAGAAUUGCAAAAGAAGUCAGAGACAAGACUGCCGAAGGAAGAGCGUAUUCCAACAUCGGCAGUGCUUAUCAAUGUCUCGGCGAUUUCAAAAGAGCAGCGGACUGCCACGUCGCAAGUCUUCGUAUCGCCAGAGAAGUAAAGGACAAACCUGCAGAAGGAGCUGCAUAUGGCAAUAUCGGCAAAGCUUAUCAAAGCCUCGGUGAUGUCAGAAAUGCCAUGAAUUACCACAGACGACAUCUGAAAAUUGCCAGAGACGUGAAUGACAAGGCUGGACUAGGAACUGCCAUUGGCCACCUCGGCAACGCUUACCAAAGUCUCGGUGAUUAUAAAAUGGCCAUAGACUAUCACAACGAACAGCUUAAAAUUGCAAAGGAAAUAGGAAAGACGACUGUAGAAGCACAUGCAUAUGGCGGUCUAGGCAGUGCUUAUCAAGGCCUUGGCAAUUUCAAAGAAGCCAUAGAGUACCACAGGCGCCAUCUCAUCAUCAUAAAAGACGUGGGCGACAAGUCUGGGAUAGGACCCGCCUUGGGGCUUCUUGGAAACGCUUAUCAUGGUCUCCGUGAUUUCAAAAUGGCCAAGGACUACCAUGAAAAACAUCUUACAAUUGCUAAAGAAGCAGGAGACAAGGCUGGGGAAGGAACUGCGUAUGGCAAUCUCGGCAAUGUUGUUCAAGAUCUCGGCGAUUACUCACAAGCCAUAGAGUACCACAGCCGCCAUCUUACUAUUGCUAAAGAAGUGGGCGACAAGAGUGGAGAAGGACGGGCCUAUGGAAACCUUGGAAGGGCCUCUCAGGGAGUCGGCGACUUUGUAAAGGCAAUAGACUACCACAAACUGCAUCUAAGCAUUGCCAAUAAGAUGGGCAACAAGGCCGGAGAAAGUACUGCGUAUGGCCAUAUUGGCAGUGCUUAUCAGGGUCUCGGUGAUUUCAAAACAGCUCUACACUACCACAAGCUACAUCUCAAAAUUGCGAAAGAUCUGGACAACAAGAAAAUGGAAGGAGCUGCGUACGGAAACCUAGGCAAGGCAUACCAGAGUCUCGGUGAUUCCAGAAAAGCCAUAGAUUAUCACAGGCUAAAUCUUGCUAUUGCUAAAGAAGUGGGAGACAGAGCUGGAGAAGGAGCUGCAUAUGGCAAUCUUGGAAGGGCAAAUCACGGCCUCGGUGAUUUCCAAAAAGCUAUUGACUAUCACAGCCAACAUCUCAAUGUUUCCAAAGAAAUGGGAGACAAAGCGGGAGAAGGAGCUGCGUAUAGUCAACUUGGCAAAGCUUACCAAGGUCGCAGUGAUUUCCAGAAAGCCCUUUACUACCACAACCUACAUCUUGCAAUUUCCCAAGAAAUGGGAGACAAGGCUGGGAAAGGAACUGCGCAUGGCAAUAUUGGCGUUGUUUAUCAAAGUCUCGGUGAUGUCUAUACAGCCAUAGAACACCACAACCUACACCUCGAAAUUGCCAAAGAAGUUGGAGACCAAGGUGGGGAAGGUGCUGCGUACGGCAAUCUUGGCAAUGCUUUCAGUGGUCUCGGAAAAUUCAGAAAAGCCGUGGAUUACUUCAACCGACAACUUAGUAUUGCCAAAAACAUCGCAGACAUGCCUGGAGAAGGAGCUGCGUAUGGAAACCUUGGCAAUGUUUGGCAAAAGCUUGGUGGCUUCAGAAAGGCUAUGCACUACCACUACCUACAUCUUAGAAGUGCCAAAGACGCAGGAGACGAGGCUGAUGAAGGAGCUUCCUGUGGCCACCUUGGAAUUGUUUUUCAAAGCCUCGGCGAUUUCAAUAAAGCCAUACAUUACCAAAACAAGCAACUUAGAUGCGCCAAAAAAGUAAGAGACAAGACUGGAGAAGGUAAUGCCUAUCACGCAAUCAGUUGCAGCUUUGAAUCACAGUGCCUCUUACAUGAUGCUCUAGAAAACAGCCAGUUGAGCGUAGAAGCAUUCAAUAAUGUCAGAAGUCUUCUUCAAUCUGAAGACAAAUGGAAGAUUGACUUCAGAAAGAAAUGCAAUGAUUCGUACACUGCUCUGAGAAGAAUUCUCUUGAAGCGAGACAGAAUCGUUGAAGCACUGUUUGCUGCAGAAUCAGGACGAGCCCAAGCCCUGAGUGAUCUUCUCGUAUCGCAAUACGGCCUCCAAGAAAGUCAGACGGCGUCGAUUGAAAAAGAAACGUACUUGGAGAAGUUAAGCUUCAGUUCGUCUAGUAUUGUCUUUCUGGUUGUUUCCCCAGGAGUGGUUGAUGCCUGGGUACUUUCCAAAGGAAAGGAUAUCCAUUACAGCAAAAAGGAACUUGAUGGAGCCAACACCAUUGAGUCGUUAAUAGAAGAUGCGUGUCGGGACACUGGUGUGGAACUAAGGAGAAAGCAUUCCCAGGACUCCUUGCCAUCACGCAACUUCACCAAAACGAGGUCGGAAAAUCCUUUAGUAUCGUUGUAUAACAAUGUUAUUGGCCCGAUUGCAGACUUGGUUCAAGGAGACGAAUUGAUCAUUGUCCCAGAUGGACCACUGUGGCUAGCUCCGUACCCUGCUUUCGUAGACGGUGAUUCAAAGUACCUGAGUGAAUCGUUUAGAAUCCGGCUGAUUCCAUCGCUGACCAGUUUGAAACUGAUUGCUGAAUGUCCAGAAAGUUACCACAACAAGAAUGGCGCUCUACUUGUCGGAGAUCCAUGGGUAGAGGAAAUCAACCUAGAGAGGAGACGAAAAAUCCCUUCACUUCCAUUUGCUAAAAAAGAAGUGGAAAUGAUCGGAAAAAUUCUCAAGGUGACGCCUCUUGUUGGAAAAGAGGCCACGAAGGCUGAGGUGCUUAAAAGGCUCGGCUCGGUUGCUUUAGUGCACAUCGCAGCGCAUAUCCACAAGGAAAAUGGCGAGAUUAUCCUUUCCCCGAACCUAGAACAAGCAUCCUGUAUCCCCAAACCAGAAGACUGCAGUCUAACAAUGGAAGAUGUAUCAAGAAUCACAAUUCGAGCAAGACUGGUUGUUCUAAGUUGCUCUCACAGUUCUCGAGGGGAGAUCAACCCCGAAGGUGUGGUCGGUAUCGCUCGGGCCUUCAUGGGUGCUGGUGCCCGCUCUGUUCUGGUGUCACAGUGGAGAUUGUUUGAUGGCGAGAACAUGCUGGUCUUCAUGGAAAUCUUCUAUCGUAACCUUAUAGAUGGGAGAAGUGCAAGUGAGUCUCUGAACCAGACCAUGAAAUCUCUCAGAGAGUCAGAGAAGUACAGUGAUGUGAAAUUCUGGGCGCCUUUUGUACUCAUUGGCGAUGACGUCACGCUUGACUUCGAGGAGAAAAACUGAGGUUCCAGACGAAUGUGUUUGCUGACUGAAAAGUAACUUUGCCAUCCUUGUGUUACUUGAAAGUUAACCGAGUUUGUCAAGAAGCGUCAAUAGUUGGAAGAGGAGCAAAACUCUAAACUAUACUGCUAACAUCAAAGACAAUUUCCAAUGCAAACCGUAAUCAAAAGAGGAACCUCGCUGACAACACUUUUUUAAACGAAGGUUUUAAUAAUAGAUAAACAAAUUUACAGUUACGUGAGAACAAGGCCAGACAGAUUAAUAGCGAAGUUUCAAUGUCUUAAUUCUUAAAUUUUUAAUUUAGAGCAAGCCAAGGAGAAACGAAUUUAUUCGUACAAAAUGCUAAAUACGAAUUUUUUCGUUACAUGUCUUGAUGUUAUUGGAUGAACACCUUCAAACGAGUAAGGUGACUAUGCGUAAUAUAACAUCUGUAUCCGCUGCACAAACAAAUAACUGUUUUGAACAACUGGUUCAAAUGGGACUUUCUGUUUCAGUUGUAUUUCACUUUCUAACUUGUUACUGAGCAUUUUUGAAUAAUGUAGCUUCACCUCUCAUUGCAUAAUUAUUCAUCGCGAGCUAGCAGAAAGUUUCUAUUCUGUUUUAAUUUUUCCUUCUCAUAUUUAUCCCUGGGUAUACAGCAGAGAAUGUAAUUUUAUUUUGCGUGCUUCAAGCAUAGAUGAAAAAAAUAUAUAUAUUUCUUAUUCGUUUGACUUACAUGACAAAAAUGAUUCGUUUCUCGAAGAUCAAGCUAGUAACUUUUUUGGCUCAAGUUUGAACGUGCCUCCUGUACUACGAUUUUAACUGUAACGAAUGAAGAAUGUAUAACGUCUGUUUGAGGAUUUUAAUAUUAUAAUAAUAUUAUAGAGAACUUAUGCAAUAACGUAGUUACAGUACAACGAUUCCAGUUAGGGUAACCCAACGCUUUCCUAGCAAUUGUUCUGACAGGAGAGUAAGUGAUAGGUGGCCUAAGAAGCUAAAAGCUAGAUACAGAAUUAACAUAUUUUUAAAACGAUACUUAGCUUUUUUACCUUUCAUCUAAAAUUGCGUUACAAAUGAAUAUUAAAUACAAUGUACUUGUUCCGACUAAAUAACGUAUUGAUGGAAACUUGAGGUUAAUAACAGUGGUAAAUUUUUUUGCA